CAGGUGUCUCCAAUAAGCACAAUGACUGCAAAGCCUGCUGUUUAAGAGCAGACUCUUCUCUAACGAUCACUCACUGUAGCUGACCUAUGCUUUAGAGGGAGAAAUGUUCCUGGGAGGCUGUUUAAGGUUUUGUGGGGUGUCAUGGAUCAGCCUGCUUUUUUACCUUGGAAAUUGUUUUCCUACUGAUCAUGGCAGUAAAACAACUUCCUUGAAUUCUGGAUCUUCAGCAAUUCCAGACUCUAAGUUUGCAUCCUCAUCUGUUGGAAAUGAAUCAAACUCCAGCACUGAAGUUCCUGUUGAGACCACUAACUCCAACUCUACUAGUGCCCCAGAUACUCUAUCACCAAGAGCCUUUUAUGUUGGCUCUCCAUUGCAUGCAGAGGAGAGAUCAGCUGGCUUCUCAAUGCAGCCACUGAUGAACUCAACUCCUAGAGGCUUGUAUCCAUUAUCCAAUCCCUGGUUUGGACUAUUCCAUGAAGCUGUAUAUCCAAGCCCUGAUUCUCAUCCAUAUACUUAUGGUGAUGGCUCUAGGGGAUUUCCUUAUUACAAUUAUGGUGGCAUUCAUGCAGCAUCUCUUCCUUAUGGCUACAACUAUGGCACUGCUGGGUCUCCUCAUUACAGUUAUGCUUAUGGCAUGAAUGGUUUGCCUUUCCAAGCAUAUGACCACAGGAUGUCUGCAUCUCCUCCCUAUGGGGUGGCCCCACCACCUGCAUAUGGCUACUUGCCCUGGCAGCCUUCAGGACUUGAUCCUGAAUUGUUUCUCAUUGGAAAUGUUUUAAUGGAAGUUCGUGAAAUGCCACUUGCUCAGGCUGGCCCAUAUGUCAUGGUGCCAGUGGGCAUGACAGAGCCUUCUGUGUACCCUCCAUCUCACCUCAUGCAGUCAAAUGGAGGCUAUCACAGAGCAGGAGAUCUCCUUUCUGACAAUCUGUACUCCAGCAAUGACUAUUCUUUAGAGCCUGAAACUGACACAAUGCAGCAACAAGAUGUUCCAGAAACUGACUUUUAGAAGGCAGAUUGUUUCUUUUUGGGUGGACUUUUUAUCUGGAACUUUUCAGAUGUGGAGAGAGAGCUGAAUAAAACUGAUGGGGAAAACUUCAAA